AUGUACGGUAUAAGUGUAUUGUUUAGUUCUCGUGUAGUUAGUAAACGUAGCAUACGUGGUUACUCGUCUAAUAGUACUAAGAAGCUGUUGGAAUUUCUAGCCGAUAUGCCGAAAGCGACUUCAGCCAGAAUCGCUGAGGCCCAACGUCAAAGGCAACAGAUAACAAAAAAAAGUGAAAAAUAUGGUCCAAGCACUGUAUACCUUCAGGUGAUUGGAUCAGGCGCAAGAGGAGCGCCCAGCACGCUUUACCUCUUUACAGACCAAAAACGAUAUCUCUUCAACUGUGGCGAAUGCACACAGCGGCUUGCUCAUGAGCACAAGGUGAAACUUUCCCGACUGGACCACAUCUUCAUCACCACUAAAACAUGGCGCAAUAUUGGAGGCCUGCCGGGAUUGUCACUCACCUUGCAAGAUGUCGGAGUCCCAAAUAUAACACUGCAUGGACCUGAAGGCUUGGAUGAGUUGUAUACAGCAACAAAGCGGUUUGUUAUAAUGAAAGACAUGCAUGUGACGAUGGCCAAGUGUAGCCCCUUAGAGGACUUUGAAGACAACACCAUGAGUGUCAAAUAUGUUCUAUUAGGCCCUAAUGACAACAUACUUCAAGGUAAAGAAAAGCCAGCUGCCAAAAAGCCGAGACUAGAUUCAACCUCGGAGAGGGAGUAUGAUGAGUUUAUUCACGAUGACACUGAUUACUAUAAGUCUGAAAUACGAAACAUGGAAGCUAACUCGUCUAACCCUCAAAGAAACAGACAUCCUAAGGAAAAGCCAAAACCAAAAUCAACUUUACAUAAUGAAAAAGAAAAUGCCCAGAAGAAAAAGACUGAUAAAGUUCUACAUGAGUUGCAGAAGAAAACUAAUUGUUCUGUGGCCUAUAUCUGCACUCUAAAGAAACGGCUUGGUACCCUGGACCUGGCGAAGUGUGUAGAGCUGGGUGUGAAGCCCGGUCCAAUGUUGGGCCAGCUGAAGAGUGGACAAGAUGUAGUGUUGCCAGACGGCUCACUUGUUAUGUCCAAAGACGUGAAGACACCUGAUGAUCCUGGCCCUGUGUUUAUUGUGUUGGAUAUACCUGAUCUAUCAUAUCUCAAGGAGACGGAGUUCUCAGCACACUUCGACAAUGACAGGAACCCGCCGGAGAACAUCCCGGCGCUCAUCGUGCACUUUACUCCGCCACACGUGUUCCAUCAUCCCACGUACCGAUCUUUCAUGGCGAUGUUUGGUCCGUGCACCCGGCACCUGGUGCUGAACGCGCAGAACUGCUGCCUGGGCUCGGAGGCCGUGCACCGCACGCAGCACAAGCUGCACCUGCUGGACCCCGACAUAUUCCCGCUGCUCAAGGACGUCAGCGUGCCCGCCGUCUGGAACGCCCACCCGCCCGUACCCAAGACCAAUAGUCCUAUAAGACUGAAGGGGCUGGAGGAACUUAAAAAUAAGUUCCAGAAUAUUAUUAACUUGGAGGGCUCAGCUAAGGGAGAUGGACACCAGCCCUCGGUCGAAGACUGUGAUUCUAUCCCCAAGUUGGAAUUAUUGGCUGGACGCACGCUCACUAUGUACCAUUUGAGGCCUAAAAAGCAGUUGGAUAGGACGGCAGAACCGAAGCUUCACAUACAAAGCUACAUUCAGGAGACGAUGGACGUGGAUGGGUUCGUCGGCAGCUUGGAGCAGUUCCGUCACCUCGUGGACGGUAUGAGAUACACACGGUGUGACUCUAAGGAGUACCCCAAGGUGGUAUUCUUGGGCACAGGCUCCUGCAUACCCAGCAAGACUAGAAAUACUAGCGCUAUUGUGCUCCAUAUUGAUGAGAAUAGAUCGAUUCUCUUAGACUGUGGAGAAGGUACCUUUGGUCAGCUGGUGCGUUUCUAUGGGCCGAAGAAAGUCAACAGUUUCCUCAGGACGCUGAAAGCUAUCUACAUCUCACAUUUACAUGCUGACCACCAUAUUGGUCUAAUCGGCGUGAUCCAAGCUCGUCGUGAAGCGCUCCACGAGGCGGGCGCAGCGAGCGAGCACCCGGCGCCGCCCGCGCCGCUGUACCUGCUGGCUCCCGGACAGAUCAUCACGUGGCUCACCUGGUACGACCACCAGUUCGAGAAGAUCAAGAGCGAGUUCACUCUUAUACCUAACCAGAGUCUUCUCUACGACCACGCUCACAACUCGGAAAUGACAUCAGCAGUACUAGCAGCGAUGGGCGUGCAACAUAUAAGGACGUGCCACGUGGCGCACUGUCCCAACGCAUUCGGCGUGGCCGUGGCGCUGGACGACGGGUACAAGGUCACCUACUCGGGGGACACGCUGCCCUGUGACGAGCUAGUGAGGAUCGGAGAAAACUCAACCUUACUAAUUCACGAAGCGACAAUGGAAGAUGAAUUAGCAGAUGAAGCUCGUAUUAAGAUGCACUCGACGACAACCCAGGCCAUAGACAUCGGGCGACAGAUGAAGGCGCGCUACACGGUCCUCACUCACUUCAGCCAGCGGUACGCGCGCCUGCCGCGGCUCAACGCGCACAUACUCAACGAUAACAACAGCGUCGGCAUCGCGUUUGAUAAUAUGCAGAUCACGAUGAGCGACCUGGACCUGUUGCCGCACAUGUACGCGCCGCUGCAGUUGAUGUUCGCGGAGCACUGCGUGGAGAUGGAGCUGAAGGCGGCGCACCGCCAGCGACUGCGGGACCGCCGCGCCUCGCCCCUGCCCGCGUCCUCGUCCCGGCUCCAGUCGCUGAGCCGCAGCCGGCGCGUGGCGUCGACUGGCGCCACUGUGUCUGCGCCGACGCCGCCGCGCUUACGAUACAGGGAGAGCAAUGCUUCACGGCUUCGGCAAGAAAUCAAAGGUAUGACAGUGUGGGGCACUGUGAGGAAGCCACGCAGCCGAAGUAAUUCCGCUUCGACUUCAGGCUCUCACGAAGUGAGCGUCACCAAGGCCAAGCAGGACGAACCAAGACACUCAUCUCGUCAACCCAGUUUAGAACGUACAAAAGGAAAAAAUGUCGCUGAGAAGGAAUUAACACCGCACUCACAAAAUGACAACCUCAGCAAUGAUGUCCAUAUUCCAGUCAAAGAUUCCAACGUGCCUUUGUCAACAAAUGUGGUGAACUCGCGUUCGAAAACUAUAAGCUCUGUGGGCCAAUCGAAUUUACCCUCUGCCGAAGAAGUGUUGGAGGUUAUGGACAAAAUUAGAAAUACCCGCAGAAUCCAUAGCAUUGUAGGUCAUGCUAAGCAGACAGACUGCGGCUAUGGCAAGCCGUUGGUGACGCCGAUCAAUAAAAAGCUAACCAUCAGACGGGAGGAACAGCGGUAUGCGAACUUACAUCCAAGUGUUGAGAAAAUUACAACGGCAGUUCCUGUGGCCAAAACUCCCACACGGACGUGGAAAGCGGAAAACAGAGAGGGUGCUCCUCGAAAUACUGCAAAGAAACCUGAUUUAAUGCUACCUAAAACACCCACGAAGUCCUCUUUAACCGGGAACAAGUUACGGGCAUCGAAUACUAAUCCCAAUGUCUUUCCGGAAUCUAAACCACCCGUUUUGAGGAGUAAUAUAGCAUCCAGAUUACGUACUAUCCCAUUAUCACGGCCUUCAGCUUCCUCUCUACCUCGAACUAAAAGUCCACCUCGGCAAUACAAAACUAUGAGCAAACCUCAAGAAAUAUUAAGCGUGCAAACGAAACAACAUUACGACCACCGCGGUGUGAAAACCCAAGAUAAACGCAACACGAAAAAAUGGAAACCGGAAAUCAACAGCAGGGUCCGCGACACGCCCCCGCGGUCUCCUACUAGAUCGACGUCUCCUGCUAAAGUACCCACUCCUACAAGAGGGAGUUCCCCCGCACCCAAGAGAAUGUUGCCAAGUGAAUUUAACAGUAAAACUUGCAGUACACCCCCACUUUCUCCUACCGGAGUAUCGUCUCCUGAUGGAGCAUCUUCUCCUACAAGAGUGAGUUCACCACCACCCAAGAGAGCGUUGCUUAGUGAAAUUCAAAGGAUCUGCGGCACGCCCUCGCGGUCUCCUUCCAGAGCAUCAUCUCCUGCUGAAGUACCCUCUUCUACUAGGGCAAAUUCACCAGGACCCAAGAGAAUGCAAAAUGAAAUUACCAGCAGGCCCUGCAGCACGCCGCCCCGGUCACCCACCAGGGCACCGUCGCCUGCCAGAGUAUCCUCUCCUACUAGAUCAAGUUCACCAGCAGCCAAGAGAAUAUUGCCAAGUGAACCAAUAAAGAAACAGAUGUCAGACGAAGAUGAUGACGAUGACUGCGAAAGCCUAAGUAAAGAAACAUUUGUUACACUUCCGAUCAAAGGUCCACCUGGUCCCCAUCAUAGAAGUUUCAAACCUCAGUUAGAAGAUAUACAGAGCUCGAAUUUACUUGUAAACCAAAAAGACCAGGACAAAAAAACGUGUCACAAGACUGGAAAAAUACAAGAAAACAUACCAUCACAAAGUAAAUUUAAUGAGGACCUGAGAAGACGACAACUAAUUGAAAUUAAAAAGAAAUUUCAAAGUAAAAGGUUUUUUGUAGAGUCUAAAUAUGAUAAGAUUGAAGGGCUCAAUUGGAUCACAUGGAAAUAA